CUUAUCAGCGGCCGGCGGGGGGCUCGCCCCACUCCCGCCCAGCGCAGCCGCCGCGGCGGGGCCGGCACCUCCCCGAGUGCCGCACCAUGGGCAGCCAGGGCUCCAAGGCGGCGGGCGGCGAGCCCGACACCGCCAAGGCCAACGGGCAGGAGAACGGCCAUGUGAUCUACAACGGGGACAUGACGCCCAAGGCGGGGGUCGAGGCGGCCCCCCAGAACGGGAACGGCUCGGCGGAGCCCCCCAAGGAGGAGCAGGAGGGCGAAGCGGGCGGCGCGGACGCCAUCGAGCCCGCCCCGGCCGCCGCCGAGCCCCAGGGCGAGGGAGCCGCGACCCCCAAGGACGCCCCCAAGAAGAAGAAGAAAUUCUCCUUCAAGAAACCCUUCAAGCUGAGCGGCAUCUCCUUCCGCAAGGGCAAGAAGGAGGCCGGCGACUCCUCCGGCUCCUCGCCCACGGAGGAGCAGGGCAGGAGCGACGAGACCCCGCCGGGGGGGCUGCAGCCCUCGGCUCCCCCCGAGGAGGCGCCGGCCGAGCCCCGGGAUGGAGGAGAAGCCGCGGGCAGCCGGGAGGAGGAGGAGGAGGAGGAGGAGAAGCAGCAGCACGGAGACACCGCCAAAAGCGAGGAGCCCUCGAAAGACGCGGGGCCGGAGCCCGCAGCGAGCCCGGCGGAGCAGCAGGAGGAGUAGGGGCCGAUUGCCAUGAGGCCGCUCGGGCGCUCCUCGCCGGGUGAGCGGUUCCUUCCUCGCCGGGUGAGCGGUUCCUUCCUCACCGGGGGGCUCCCCCCGGCCCCCCCCGAGCCGCCCGCACCGCCCCGGACUCGCCCGCACCGCCUCGGACUGCCACGCACCCGCACCCCCCGCCCCGCCGGCUCCUCUCUCGCUCUGUCUCUCUUUUCCCCCCGUUCCUGGUAGAAAAACAAAAACAAAAAGAAAAAGCUGGUUUGGGUUCCCACCGCCGCGAGCCGGAGCGGUUUGAGCUGGAAAAAGGAAAAACAAAACCGACGUGACAACAAAAAAAACCAACCGGGGAGGAAGAUUUGGCCCGGACGGCCCUGGAGUUACAGUUUGUGAGGAGCCGGAUCCCAAAUCCUGCUCUGGGGCUCUGCAGCCUCCGGACUGUCCCCUGUCCUCCCGCUCCCGCUGACUGUUCCGUGGAAUUCUUCUUUUUUUUUUUUCUUGUUUCAUUUUGUAAUUUUUUUUUCCCCCCCUUCAUUUCUCGGUUUACGUUCCUGGUUCUGACUUUUCAUUUCAAGUAUUUCGUGCUUUUUUUUUUCUUUUUUUUUUUUUCUUUUUUCUAUAGAAAUCGGUGGUUUAAAAAGCUAAUCUGGUUAGGGUUUUUUUGGGUUUUUUUUGGUUUUUUUUUUUUUAUAAUGUCUUCUAUUGGCUUAAACCCAUAAAGCUUGUAAGUCCGCUGUGUUUAAUUCUGCUUUAAGGGAUAACUUUUAGGGUGUGGGGUGGAGGCAGGGGGGCCCUACCAGCUGUAAAAUGUGAAGCCGACGUUAUUUUGUUUUUUUUUUUUUCUCUGUAAAUAAUUUUUUAAUGGCCAAAAAAAAAAAAAAAAAGAAAAAAAACCCCAACAACAAAAGCGCUUGAUUUGCAAUUUUCUAACUUGUAAAAAAAAAACAAAAAAGCAAAAAAAAGGGGGAAAAAAACCAAACAGACAAAAGCUGUAACAUUGGAAAGGAAUAAACGGUGACCCCUUCUCGGGA